AUUAAAUAUGCUUUUAAUACAAAUACACUUUUAAUUCUUUAAUAUAAAAGUUAGCAUUUUUAUGUGAAAUUGAAAUAAAUAAUUUUCUUUAAUCUUCCCAAGUAUGAGAAUAGAAGAAAAGAAUGCGAAUAAAAUGGAAAAACAAAUUAAAUUCUCAAGUCCUAUAAGCUCGAUUUUUUGUACAACUUCGUAUGAUAUUAUUAUAAUGAAAAAUUAAAGAAUGAGUUGACAAAAAUUUCCAGUGCUUUCAAAUAUGUGUGUAAUGAAUUCCAAUUAUGAUAAUGAGACUGUAAGGAAAGAAAAGACUGAAAAAUGUCGUUUGAAGAAACGAGAAGAAAAUUAAAUCAAAAUCAAACGGCAAUGAAUACGAAUCACUCAAAAUAUAAUGUAAGUGAGGAACUUUAUCUCGAGUUAGAAACCCUUAAUGUUUCAUCGACAAGUGCUAACACAACACAGGAAAUUGAUUCGUUCUACUUUUAUCAGACUGAACAAUUUACAUGUCUAUCGAUUUUACUUGCAAUAAUCGUUGCUGGCAAUACAACAGUGUUGGCAUGUUUACUAAUGGGAAAAAGAAGAAAAUCGCGAAUGAAUUUUUUUAUCAAGCAACUUGCAUUUGCAGAUUUAAUGGUGGGUUUGAUAUCUGUCCUAACGGAUAUUGUUUGGAGGACAACAGUCACCUGGUACGCGGGAAAUAUAGCCUGCAAGCUAAUUAGAUUUAUGCAAGCAAUUGUAACUUAUAGCUCGACAUAUGUUCUCGUUGCCCUUUCCAUCGAUAGAUACGAUGCCAUAACAAGACCAAUGAACUUCACAGGAAGCUGGCGAAGAGCUCAUAUGUUAAUUGCCAGUGCUUGGGGAUUAUCGAUAAUUUUUAGCAGUCCUAUGAUUUUCCUCUAUGAAGAGAAAUUGAUCCAGGGUAAAUUGCAAUGUUGGAUCGAAUUGGGAUCCCCACUAUACUGGCGAAUCUACAUGAGUCUAGUGAGCAUCACAAUUUUCAUUGUCCCAACUUUUAUAAUCGGAGGCUGUUAUAUGGUAAUUGUGAUAACCAUCUGGUCACAAGGGAACGUCAUACGAGAAGGACCCACACGUGAAAUAAGAAGAGCAUCAUCACGAGGACUUAUACCAAGGGCAAAAAUCAAAACAGUCAAAAUGACUUUUGUCAUUGUAUUCGUAUUUAUUCUCUGCUGGAGUCCUUAUAUCAUUUUUGAUCUACUUCAAGUUUACGGUCACGUGCCUACAACACAGACAAAUAUAGCAGUUGCCACAUUCAUUCAGAGUCUUGCACCUUUGAAUUCAGCGGCCAAUCCCAUUAUUUACUGUCUUUUCAGUACUCCGUUUUGUAAAAAUAUUCGAAACACUCAAGCAGUAUCGUGGUUCGUCGAAUGGUGUCCAACGAUUCCACAAUAUUGCUUUAGCACCACUGCUCCUCAAAAUAGUUCAAGAACGACAAUGACGACUUCCUUGACUGCCAAUUCAUCCCGAAGGAGUGGUUGUCAAAAUGCAACGUUGCAUUCAACGUCAAGGAAACGAGUGAUGAUUUCUUUGGUCUAGAAAAACCACACUAUACAGCGAUAAAAAAAAUCAUACAAAAUCCGAAAAGUGUUUCUCUUUCGAUGAAGACUAACUCUCAAAAAAGGAAUUGACAAAUUUUUUUCUAAAAGAAAAAAAAUACCAUCAUUAUAUUAUAAUGCGAGCAAUGUAAUUCCAUAAUUUUC